AUUUACUUAUUUAUUUAUUUGUAGGGUUUUUCCUUAAUGGGCUGAAUCCUUGUAUAUAUAUAUAUAUAUAUAUAUUUUUUUUACAUUAUUUGUAUUUAUUUAUUUAUUUACUUAUUUACUUAUUUAUUUAUUUGUAGGGUCUUUCCUUAAUGGGCUUAAUCCCAAACAACCAUUUAGACCACUAGACCACGUAUAGCGCACGUGCAGUCGUUAUAUGAGCCAUUAUUUAUUCCUUGGUAGUGAACUUAAAAUGAGUGCUCAGGCGUUGUUUGGGACGCGGCCCCUGUGUGAUGUGACGUGGCCUGGGCUGUGACGUGAGGCAGGAGGUUUUUCCCCGCAGAGGGAUCCGCCGCCGCCGCGCAGGUGGAAAAAAACAGCAGCAGCAGCAGCAUCAGGAGGAGGAGCAGGAGGAGCAGGAGGCUGACAAACAACACGAGCUGAGCAUCACUUGCGGAGAUGUUGAACUGAUCGGUCACGUUUGUGGACGUCGAAAGAGCGCGUGUCUUCGUGAUUAUUCCUCCUCCUCGGGACGGAGGGGGGGAUGUUAAAGCCGUUAAAACCCCUAAAGCCCUUCGAGCUCUCUGCGCUACUUCUAGAGGGAUGCCUUCAUCCAGGAGAGGAGAGGAGAGAAGAGUGUGGGCCGCGCUUCUUCUUCUAGCCACCAUCACCAUCAGUACCACUAUGGCAGCAGUGGGCCAGUGCCCCCGCAGCCUGGACUGUGCCCGUGAAGGACGUCAUUUUUGCCAGCCUGGUUCAUCCCACUGCGGCCCCUGCCUGUCUCCGCUCAUCGAGAACAAGCGAGGGAAGUGUGUGGUCAGGAGACGGAACCACAUCAAAGAAGUGGAUAUGCAUCCUGAGCUAGAUGAAGAGAUCGACUUCCUCUCUUCAAUCAUAACCAAACACAGGGAGCCUGAGAUGAAACACACAGCACCCUCUCAGGCUGCCCCUCAUAUCAAAGACGACUCGGCACGGCCAAGGAGUCACCACAGAGAGGAAUCCUCUCCCAGCUACGAUGCAGUGGGACAGCCAGUAACACACACUCUGACUACAUCAUCCACUACCACCAGCUCCAGUGCCACCAGCUCUGGUCCCAACACUGUCAGUCCUCUGCUAUCAGCCAUGCAGAGUGCCCCGCUCAUUGUGCCCUACCCGUCUGAGGACCACUCUUAUAUCGUUACAGCAGGAGUGUGUGUUAUGUUGGCUUCAGUGGCUUUGGUUUUGGUUGGAGUGUGCUGGGUGAGAAUGCAGAGAGGAACUCGUCUGGCACAGAAAGUGGACUACCCAGCCUUCGGGGUGAUGAGCCCCCAUGUUUACGACAGUGCAGCUUCUGGAGAUAAAAAUCUGGCCCAGAGCGCUCAGAUGUUCCAUUAUCAGCACCAGAAACAGCAGAUGUUGUCACUUAAACAAAGAGAUGAACCCAAGAUCCCUGAAUCAGCAGCUACCUCGGAUGAGGAGAAUGAGGACGGAGACUUCACUGUGUAUGAAUGCCCUGGACUCGCCCCGACUGGCGAGAUGGAGGUGAAGAACCCUCUGUUUGAUGACUCCACCCUUCAUCUUCAUCUUGACCUGCAAAAAAGCUACAACUGAACCUGGACUGUCAAUGCACGAUCACAUCAAAAACCCAUCCACAAUCUUACACCGAGGUCAAAUCCCAUCUGCGAUCCAUCAUGAAGACGCCAUGAAGGAGAGGAAGACGUGGGAAAUUCAAGGAGGAAAGAGAAGAAGAGGAUUCGGACUGCGCAGAUUUGACUUCACCUAGUCAACAAGGGCAGCUCCGGGUGUUCCUAGUCGCUUUCCGUUUUUUCAACCUUCCUCUCCAUCCGUAGUUCAUUUCUUGACUGUUACAUUGUGUGUGUAGAAACUGGAAGCAAGUUAACAUAUCUGCCUAAACAAGUGAUUUGCCUUUAAGCAUACAGAAACAGCUAUGGUCCUAUACACACGUGUACACUCUCCUGCAUGGAUUGAGCAUUUCCUCUAAUACUCAAACAUACCUUUGGAGGAAUGAUACGAUAUGCUGGCAACAAUUUGAAGCAGUUCAUCUUGGUUGUAUUUAUUUAUUUAUUUAUUUAUAUAAUUAUUUAUUUUUCCCAGUGGUAAUGAU